AGAUUUUUCUUAGCACCUAGCCCGCCUGCAAAUCCCCUGCCGCCCUGCUACCUAUAUAACCUCCCUCCAUCAUCCAUCAUGUCCACCUCUCUCUCUGCUCGUCUGCUCCAUCUUCCUCCCCUUCCUCUACUUCAUCUUUCCACUCCUCCCCCGUGGGCCUGAAGCACCCAUUCAUUUGGUUGCCCUCGUUCCCCGCCGCCGCCCCUCACGCCCCCCCCCCCCCACUCUCAACUCCGGCCAAGGGAAAAAAAAUCCAAUUGUCCUUACUCGCAUCACCUCUGCCCUCUCGGAUAACCCGGAGUCGUAAAUCCACCCGUCUCCAUCAUCCAUCUGCCUUGCUGCGCUGGUGCAUUUCCCUCCCCAUCCACUCACGCAUCGCACAUCACCAACGUGCCCCCAACGUUUCGAUAAUCGCCUUUCAACCCGUCUGCAGCCCUGCCGCCUGCAAAUCGGCCGUGCCCAUCUAGUGCCUGCUCUUCGACGUCAUUACCAGCCAAGCCAUCUCCAGAUCAAGCUUUAGCUCAAAGGCUUGUCCGGCACCGCUGCUCUUCCAUCCCAUCCACGUCCAUCUCUGAACGGCACGCCUAAACGUUAUCGUUAUCCUAUAUAUUUCCAGGCCAAAUCCGUCUUGAUACAUUGGUGAUAGAUCCAAGAAUUGCAAAGGAAAAUCAUGGAACCUCCUUCCCUUCGCGAUUGGGGUGCCGCUGCUCCUCACGGCCCCAACAUGACGGGAGACCACACGGCUACUUUGGAUGUUCGCAAGGAUAUGAGCGAAAAGGAAGAGAGCGUUUUCCAUUCUCUGCUCCACCCAGACGACAUCUACACCGAAAAUGGCGUCUACUGGGCCGACUUGCCCAUCGGCCAACGCGUCAGCUUCGUUUCCAAGGUCGACCGUGAGGAGUCCAAGAAGGAGGUCAGUUCCAUGUGGUCCAUGUUCAAAGCCGACCCUCUGAGCCCCGUUGGCUAUUAUCUCAAGAAUAUGGUACUUCCGGGAGCCGGUCUUGGAUUGGAGGGUUACGUCUUGUUCUCCAUUGGCAACGUCAGACCCCUGCUACAGGCCGCUUUCCCGCGAUGCUGGAAGACUUUCGAGAUCUGCGACGAGAGGUGGACCGAGGCGGUUGACUAUCUCGAGAUUGUCGGCAUCAUUGUUGGCCAGAUCUUGGUCGGUUAUCUGGGUGACUACCUCGGUCGACGAUGGGGCUUGAUCCAGGAUGCCACCAUCAUGUUUCUCGGUUUGAUCAUGUUGACUGCCGCGUGGGGUGUGACUCAAAACGGUUGGGUCAUCUGCUACGCCUGGUCGCUCUUCUUCUACGGCAUAGGAGUCGGAGGUGAAUACCCUAUGACUGCUACUUCCGGCAUGGAAAACGCCGUGGGAUCAGGCAAGGUAUCGACCAAGGACGACCGACUGCACCGAGGACGCAAAGUCACCAGCGCUUUCCUCAUGCAGGGCUGGGGACAGUUCUUCAACCAGGUCAUCCUCAUCAUCUUGCUGCUCGUUUUCCACCACGGGAGCGGAAACCCCCCUUACUCCAAGGUCGCAGCUCAAUGGACAUACCGCGUGUCUUUUGCCAUUCCGGCCGUGGGCACGCUGUGGCUGGUCUACUACCGUUACUUCAAGAUGAGGUCCGCCAGCAAGCAGCUCAUGGUGGCCAAGAAGAAGUCCAACGUCACUGGAUACGACACCAAGUCGCUCAAGCUGACGCUGUCUUACUUUGGGCCUCGCUUGAUCGCAACUGCCGGUGCCUGGUUUGCCAACGAUGUCUUUUUCUACGGCAACAAGCUCUUCCAGAACCAGUUCAUCGCUGUCUUGACACCAGGAAGCACCUCAGUCAUGACUGGAUGGUUGUACAACUUGGUCAACGUUGGUGUGUCUCUAGUAGGGUACUACCUGGCCUCGUUCUUGAUCGACAACAAGCUCUACGGCCGCAAAUGGAUGAUGAUUAUCGGUUUCCUCGCCGAUUUCAUCCUCUUCGUAGUCCCCGCCUUCAACUACGAAUUCUUCACCUCAAAAGCCCACAUUCACGCCUUCCAAGCAAUGUACUUCCUGUCCUCCUUCUUUAACCAAUUCGGCCCCAACUCCGUCACCUUCCUCGUCGCCGCAGAAGUCUUCCCAACCCCGAUCCGCGCAACCGCCCACGGCUUCUCCGCCGCCGUCGGCAAAGCAGGCGCACUCCUCGCGUCCGUCCUGUACAACUACAUUGACACACAAACGAAAUUCUACGUCGUGCCCUGGUUCGGUCUCGCGGGCGCGCUCGUCACCUGGCUCUUCCUCCCCGAUACCACCGGUCUCGACCUCAAAGAGCAAGAACGUCGAUGGUCGUACAUCCGCGAGGGCCGCGAGCAGGAUUACCACGGUAUCGCUAUCCACCCCAAGCAUCUCUCCGUGUGGGAGCGCCUCCGCGGCGUCGGCAAAAACUACGACGCCAAACUCGACUACGAGUCCAAGAUCCGCGAGAUGAGGGAGGACUGGGUCGAGCGCCAGCAGAACAAGUUUGAUGAGCUCAAGGGCAAGGAGGCCGAGUUUGACGAGGACGAUGGGUUCCACAAGGAUGUUCACGAGUACUUCCAUCGCACCACCUCCAAGGACAGAACUGCGAAUGCUGGCAACGGAAAUGGGGUUUUUAGCGGCGAGAAGGUCGUGGAGACCGAGGGGGGUGCGAGUAGGAGCGAGAGCAGCGUCGGCGAAAAGGAGGGCGCGAGGAUGGAUUCGGAUACCAUUUCGCCCACGACGUAG